AUGGCCCCUCUCUUUAGCGAUCGUGCCAAGCUCUCCUGCGAUGAGUACACAGUCGCCUGGCUCUGCGUCCUAGACUACGAAUAUGAUGUCGCUACAGCUCUUCUCGACGAAGAGCACGACACCCCAUCUAAACCCCAUAACGGUCCUAACUCCUACACUGCCGGGCGAAUUGGAGGACACAACAUGGUCAUUGCCAAAUCUAACCAAAUGCCCGCACAGCCGCUACACACAUGUUCCGAACCUUUAACAAGAUACGCUUUGGGUUGUUGGUGGGCAUUGGUGGUGGCGCUGCGGAUGCCCCAGGAUCGUACGACCCGAGAAACUCAACAACGGAUAUCCUUCUUGGGGAUGUCAUUGUUAGCAAACCCGAAGGAAAUUAUGGAGGAGUCACUACAGUACGACAAGGGCAAACGAGGACGCAGAGGAUUCAAGAUUGAGUCACACAUAAAUAGCCCACCAGACCUACUCAUCUCUGCUAUCUACAAACUCUCGGGGGAUCAUAGGUUCAAGCGAGGGAACAUGGCAGAGUACAUCGAGGAGGCACAGUCAAAGCUUGAAGCCAUGGGCAUGAGCCACUUUAGCUUCCCGGGCCGCCAUCAUGACAUUCUGUUUAGGGCAGAAUAUAACCGUCCCAACGAGAAUGAGGAUCACUGUCAGAGCUGUGAUAGGAACAUUAGCGUCCCGAAAUGA